UAAACAAACCUCUUCUUGCAUGACUCUGGACCUUUAACAACUAACGUUGCCAACUUCUGUGGUUUUACACAGCUUGUUUAAUGCCAACUAAAAGUUCCGUGUCUGGAAGAAGAUAGCCACAGUGAUGAAAAUUUAAAAUAUAAUAGAGUCUGCUAAGAGUGGUAAUACUUGCAUGCUGCAUGCCUCCUAACCACCAAACCAAAAUCCCCCCCUGCAUUUCCUCUCUGUCAUGAUGCAUGAGCCCUCUGUAGAAAAGAAUACUUUGCAUGUUGUGCUGUCAAUGAGGCACCAUGAGGGAAGACAGGGAUAACCCUCUGGCACUGUCGUCUAAGAGAUCAUGCCAGGACCAGACGGAGUAUGGACGAGAGCUAGGGAGGCUGCAUGCUGUUCUGGAAGUGGAGAGGAACCGAACGCUGUGGGCCUGUGGGCAGCUCCGUGUGGAGCUUAGGCACCUACGAGAAGAAGCCGAGAAGGAACAUAAGAGGGCUUUGAGGGAGGUGGCAGCCAGAAAAUGGUGCCAAAAGGACAGAAACAGAUGCAGACAUCUUCUGGCAAAAACAGUGAAUGUAAAAGACAGAGGGAAAUGUGACAAGGUCGAGUCCACGGAGGAAAGGAGUUUUAGUCUUUACAGCAGACAAACAACUUUGGAGCAGUUGCUGCUGACGCUGUAUGAGAAGAUAAAUGAUGAGCAUGCAGCUUAUAAACUGCAUCAUAGGCAGGAAUUUGAGUUAGAAAAGGCCAUCUUCCUCUGCCACCUGCUAGAGACCCAUGGAAGACUACUGCAAGGGAAUCAGAGUGUAGGACCCAGCAGCCAUGUAGCUAAAACCCUGCAAAGGAAACAGACUCAGGUAAACAGUAACCUCUGUCUGAGUGCACCUGUCCUAACUUUGCCCAAAAAGAAAUCCAAACAAGAUCACAGGGAGCAUUCUUCAGGCAGUGACUUGUCAUCUGCUGCUCUAUGCAUCACCGCUGCAGUAGGGGACACCUGUCAGAGCAAGACUCUGAAGAUUUGUCAGCCUCACAACAGUCUUCAUGUGGAUCAGGAGAACCAGUGGUCCGCCUUGGCUGAGUCCACUGGGUCAGAUGAUUCAUCGCCCUCCAAAUGCAUGCAAAGAAACAUGGAGAGAGUGAUGUAUGACCUGUGCACCCGGUCUGAGCAGCCCAAAUCUGCACCGGCACACACAGAGAUGGAGAGCCGUGACAAGGGGGAAGCUCUUGGGCAACAACAGCAGGAACUGAGGGGGUCGGGGGAGCCUGACAAAAAGCAACAUGGGCUCUCGGACAAAGAUGUCCCAGCUACUACCAAAUUCACCACGUCAUUGUUAGGAAAGAGGCACCACUCUCUUUACGCUAACCUAACUGGGUUUGAAGUCGAAGGGAUCCGAAAGAAUGGUACAGAUUAUGGUUUCCUGUUGCGUCAGAACUCAGAACUGUUGCGAGCCCUCGACGAGCUGGAGAAGACCUGCACCACACUGAGGGAGGAGAAUGGCCUGCUGCGGAAGAGCAGUGCUCCAGAGACUGAGGAGAAGGUCAGGAGAUUGAGGAGAAAGAACACCGAGCUGGCUGUUCUCGCUAAGAGGCUGGAAGAGAGGGCUCGGAAACUACAGGAGGCCAACCUCAAAGUGGUGAAUUGCCCAUCACUGAUGAGACCUGGGUCAGUGGAACAGUAUAAAAGAGCAUUUGCCCGUCAGCGAGCUCGUGAUCUAGCCCAGCAUGCUGAUACACUGCUGUCUAAGGACAAGGAGAUUGCUGCCCUGCAGCAGGAGUGCAGAGAGCUGGAGGCACGGCUGGGCACCACUAAGGGAUCUCCUGGGCAGUCUGGCAGAGCGGAGUUUGAGAGCCUCCUCCGAGAGUCUCAGAAGGAGGUGCUGCGGCUCCAGAGGCAGCUGUCGGUCACUUCAUCCACACAGCAGCGUGACCACAGCCUCGACCACGGUGGUUCAGAGAAAUGUGGAGAAAACGCCAAAGAGAAGGGGCAAGAGAAGGUUGUAGAAGAGACCCCGUGUGUGGUGUUAGAUGAAGCUCCAUCCAGGUGUAAGAAGACUCCCGCAGAGGAGGAGGAGUCGUGGCUGCGAGUGACGCCCCAACCGGGCCUUAGCCCGACCGCCUCCCGUCAGGAGGAGCACACAGAGGAGCAGCGCCUACAGUUUCUGGAACGUGAGCUGAGCAAGAAGAGAAAAGAAUGUGAAAACCUUGAGCAUGAAGUAAAGAAGCGACAGAAGAGAUGCCUGGAUUUGGAGAGCCAGCUUGAGGAUGAGCGAGGCAAAAAUGAGCAACUAAAGGAGGAGGCAGAUCUCCUCAGGAGGAAGGCACAGCUGCUCGACCAGACUCGGGCUGAGAAUGAGGAGCUGAGGGAAGAUCUCUCUGAAGUGACCGCUCAACACAAUUCAGUUCUCGAGGAGAACCAGAGACUCCGUGCCAAACUGGAGAACCUAGAGCAGGUCCUAAAGCAUAUGCGAGAGGUCGCCGAGCGAAGGCAGCAGCUGGAAUUGGAACAUGAGCAGGCACUGGCUAUCCUUAAGUUCAAACAGGAUGAAAUCAAACGGUUACAGCGGGCUCAGUUAUUCGCCAAGAGGGAGCAUGAAGGAGUGGUUCAGAUGCUGGAGGAGUUGACUCAACUUGUGUUGCGGAGGGAGCUGUCAAAGGUACGAGAGCUGGAGGAGAAAUGCCGCAGCCAGAGUGAACAGUUCGGCUUGCUGUCCCAAGAGUUGGAGAAGUUUCGAAUGCAGGCCUCGAAAGUGGACCUGGCGAGCUCCAGCCUCCUCAACAAUCCCAGCCUCUCUGUUCUGACCAACGGGGUGGGCCUGACUACAGAACGCGACUGCACUGGUGGCACAUUGGAUAUGGUGUCUCUGGGGGAAAUAGCCUUCUGGAGUCUUGAGGGAGGUGACACUCUCUCCUGUCCGGAGGGUAAUGACCCGCUCGAUGUGGCCACUGCACUGCGCAUGGGGGCUACGCCCCAUGCUGCAGCACUGUCCAGAGUGGAGCGCUCGCCUGUCACCAAGCAUCGAGAGCUGCCCACCAUCAGCGUCAGCAAGUCGGCCUCCUCAUCUAUCAAGUCAGAGACCACACACCUCACCCCCAAGUCAGACACCCACCUCAGUCCGCACAAAUCCAGCCCAACACAUGAGGUGGACACUGCCAGUGAGGUGGAGGAGUUGGACAUCGAUGUGGCCCCAGCACCAUACACAACCAGCAGGGGAGCAGCCAAGCUUCAGGUUUUCAUUGCGAGAUACAGCUAUAAUCCUUAUGAUGGCCCCAAUGACAACCCUGAAGUGGAGCUACCGCUCACUGCUGGAGAAUACAUCUAUGUAUACGGGGACAUGGAUGACGAUGGCUUUUAUGAAGGUGAGCUUAUGGAUGGACGAAGAGGGCUGGUCCCUUCCAACUUUGUGGAACGUGUAUCGGACGACGAUGUAAUGAACACGCAUCAUCCAGAGACUGGGGACAUGUCACAUAACUCCCUGCUUGACAGCAGCCUGCACAGUGCCAGCCACCAGCAUCACCUCCACGUGGGCGUUAGCGCCUCAGAAAGGACAGAGGCUUCUGCUGCCUCUGGCCCUGCCUCAGUCCUCUCAGAUUCAGCGUCGGCCUUGUCUGUCCCAGCCCCCCUCACCAACGGCCUGGACUUGGAUUUGGAGGAGGUGGGAGUGGACGUUGUGCCUUACCCACGUAAACUCACCCUCAUCAAACAGCUUGCCAAGAGUAUCAUCAUUGGCUGGGACCCUCCGUUGGUGCCGGCUGGGUGGGGCAAUGUGUGGAGCUAUAAUGUGUAUGUGGACCAGGAGCUGCGGCUGAACGUCCCCUUCGGUGCCCAGACCAAAGCGGUGCUGGAGCGGCUAGACAUAAACCUCAAAGCCUACCGUGUGUCGGUGCAAAGCCUGACAGAGAAGGGCCUCUCAGACCAGCUACGCUGCAGCAUGCUGGUCGGUCUGGAUGUUUGCGUGGCGCCCACACAGCUGCGUGUGGAGAGGGUUACCGCCACCUCUGCCAACCUGACCUGGCUGCCCAGCAACAGUAACUAUGUGCACAUUGUGUCCUUGAACGAUGAGGAGUGUGAGCUGGUGAAGGCUGGCUGCUACUCGCUGUGCCUAAAUAACCUCUUGCCCAGCCUGCAGUACACAGUGAAAGUGGAGGCACGGCCUCACCGCACGCCGUGGGAGCUACCUGUGGAGCGGCGUGAACACAGAAGCGCUACGAUCACCUUCACCACGCUGAUGGCAGGCCCCCCUGAUGCUCCUCUGGACGUCCAGCUGGAGCAGGGUCCCUCUCCAGGAAUUGCUCUCAUCAGCUGGCUGCCAGUCACCAUAGAUGCUGCUGGGACCUCAAACGGAGUCCGUGUCACUGGAUAUACGAUAUAUGUUGACAAGAAAAAGGUGCUGGAGGUCUCUUCCCCAACAGCAGGCAGCGCCCUGCUGGGUCCCUCUCAAAUCCAGUCCCUCCAGGCAGCUCAAGAGCUCACUGUCCGCACCAUGUCUGCUCACGGGGAGUCCUGUGACUCUCUGCCUGUAAAUGUGCCCUCCAAGCUGGCUGCCAUCUUGGCAGGCCCAGUUAUCAUCCCCCCAGUUGUGCCACCCCUGCCCUGCAGCCCAGUAGCUCCUAACUCGCCAUCGUCCUAUGGAAACUCUGCUGCCAAAAUCUCUUUGCCAUCAGACACCCACAUCCCUGGCUGCACAUUAGAGGUUGCUGCCAGUUCACCUCAUGCUUUUCACUCAGAAGAUCUUCUGUCGUCUUCUUCGUUUGUGAAUGCCUGGGCCAACCCCUCCUCUGCUGCUGCCUUAGCUAUAUGUGAGGCCACAUUACCAGUAGCCUCCACCAUUACUCCAGCGGUUAUUGAGGCCUACUCCAACAACACAGCACCUCAGUCACCUCCAAUAGCAGCACCAGCACCUGCAGAAGCACCAAUCACAGCACCUGCACCAGUGUUGGAGCAGCGCAGAGACACCGACAGCCCUGGAACAAUACGUCCUUUCCCAUCCAUCACAGAGUUCAUCGAGGAUCCUGGUGCCGAGCUUGGGACCCCUGAGCGCAUCGCUACCCCACCCAAAGCUCCAAUUGCAGACCUCCUAAACCCUCAGAGUAUUAAUGUCCACCGACCUCCCUGCACCUCACCCCUGGAGUCAGAGGUGGAGGAGGAGCAGGAGAAUACCCGCUUGGUGUCCAUUGAGGAGUUCUUGAGACAGGACCAAGAACCGGCUUACAGCAGGAAGCAGCAGAGUUAUGGCAAAGGCCUUGUGGAGCCUCCUAGUGACUACCAUGCAGACAACAGCCGCUCAGACCUGUCUGACAUCCUGGAGGAAGAGGAGGAAGACCUUUACUCUGACCACCUUGGAGAAGUACAGGGCAGGGGAUACACAGCUGGAGCUACCAGGGAACCCUGCCAAAUCCCUCCAGCUGUGGCGGGUCCAUCAUGGACAGGCCAGGCAGAACUUUCUGGUAUACCAGGGAGCUCACAAGCCAGACAACCUAAAGGUGAAUCACCAAAGAUAAAAGGAGAAAGUGACAUUCGCAUUUUUGUGGCCCUCUUUCCGUAUGAUCCGGCCAGCAUGUCACCCAAUCCUGACGCUGCUGAGGAGGAGCUGCCCUUCAGUGAAGGACAGAUCAUCAAAGUUUACGGAGAUAAAGAUCCAGAUGGUUUCUAUCGAGGGGAGUCGGGGGGUCGUCUUGGCUACGUACCGUGCAACAUGGUGUCUGAGAUCCAGGUGGAAGAUGAGGAGACCCGGCAACAGCUGCUGCAGCAGGGCUUUUUGUCCACAGCGGCGUCCAUGGAGAAGAUCGGCACUCGCACACAUGCACAGCUUCCACGUCGCCCUGUUCCACCGCCGAAACCGAGACGAUCCAAGAAAGUGGAGUCUGCAUCACUCUGGGAGGAGAGCGUAGACUCCUCCAGUCAAGAUCCCAGUGAGACCGUUGGCCCUGCAGCUGUGGGCAAACCAGCCUCAGGAGCUUGCAAGAUGGUUGCCAUUUUUGAUUAUGAUCCAAGAGAGAGCUCCCCCAACACGGAUAUAGAGGCUGAGCUGACUUUCAGUGCGGGAGACGUCAUACAUGUGUUUGGUGACAUGGACGAAGACGGUUUCUUCUACGGAGACUUGAAUGGACACAGAGGGUUGGUGCCCUCCAACUUCCUCCAGGCUUUUCCAGAUAAUCCUCCAGCAGAACCAGUCUGUCCCCAGCCUGCACCAGAACCCAAGAAAGAAUCACUGGACACUUGGACAUCUUCUACAGAGCCACAAUAUUCUGGCCCCUCAACACAAGAAGACCCUUUGCACCCCCAGACUGAACCUCCUCACGCUGACAGGACGGAGCACACAGACCUGCAACCACAACCUGAAUCCACUACAAGCUCUACAACAGACCCAGACCCUCCUCCAGGUCCAGCUGCAGUGGCAAUCUGCAGCCCUCCUCCAGCCCCCCUCCCUUCAGACAGCCCAGCACGGACAGACUGCUUAAUUCAAACAAAGAAGAAAAAAGGCUUUUUCUCCAAAGGCAAGAAACUGUUAAAAAAACUGGGAUCCAGCAAGAAAGAAUGAGUCAGUACAUUUUGACUUGUGUCAGGUUGAAAGCACUUUUUCUGUCUGUACUGUUAGUUUCAUUUGGUAGUCGAUGCUGUUAGCAGCUAUCAGAUCCAACAACUGAUGCUUUAUCCAUCAGUAAUUAUACAUUUGCCUUAGACUACUGCUGCACCAGUUGCUAAAUAGUGAGUACUUUGAAACAUCAAGGUUCAGCUUACAGAAUCACAAGAGCACG